GACCUCAAUCUCUCACAACCAACUUGUUAAUAUAUAAGUGUAACUAUCUAUCCUCUGAACAUCAACAACCACAACGAAUUUGAAUUGCUUCCGAGUCUUUGCCAUCACCUAGGUACUAUUGAUAUUCCAAUCGUCUCAGACACAAACACAAACACAAACACAAACCCAUGACAACCCAGCUCCCUAGCUAUGCUCAUCGCACAACACAUCCCACAACGUUCCUACUUGGCACCGGUACUUCAAUAUGGUCUUCGCUCCUCCCACAACUCCUUUCCACAAACCACGAACUCAUUCUCGUGACCUGCUUUUGGGCUUCUUCCUCUAGCCAGCGCGAUAUCUGUCAACUUCUCCUGAGACUAUCGGAACGUGCGGCUUCAGAUCAAAAAACCAUUCAUGUCAGGAUUUGUUUUUCAUCUCUCUCAAUUUCGCAAAAGAUAUUUCACACCCCUUCCCCCGACGGAUAUUUGUACCCAUCAUCUCAAUAUCCUUCACUUGGACUUCCGUCUGAAUCGGAUAUACCAGGGCUGAAUCUACGUGUCAAGUCGAUAUUUUUCCGCCCGUGCCAUGUUUUGCAUGGGAAAUAUAUCAUACAAGAUACUCGACGCAUUUGGUUCCCAAGUUGUAAUGUGAGUUGGGAGCCAUGGGGAGAAGGAUGUAUUGGGUUUGAGGGAGGAGAACUGGUAGAAGAUUUGCGGAGUUAUUGGAGCAGGAUCUGGAACGGCGAUGGCCAGAUGACAAUUCCCGAAAUAUUGUGGACGUCGGCUCAGCCAGUAGAAAGAAGCCCAUCAAUACAUGGCGAUUUAUGGAAUCCUGAUCCAUCAUUGUUAAGUAUCAUCGACCUAUCAGAACUUCCACAAAAUACCGAAACACUUCUUCUUCCACAUACUCACUCUGCAUACAAUCCAUUUUCUGUUAUUUUUAGGCCAAAUGCAAAAACACCUUUGACACCACUCAACACAUUCCUGCUAUCACAAAUUUCAACAGCCAGAACAUCAAUUACAUUUUAUACACCAAAUAUUACAUACACGCCACUCAUAAAUUCACUAUUCGAAGCAUUAGAUAAAGGUGUCGAUGUCCGAAUUGUGGUCUCGAGCAAGUUGAUGAUCCUAGAGCAAUUAGUAACAGCUGGCACGAUCACUGAAUGGGAGGUAUGGAAGAUGAAACGUCGAUAUCGUAAGCUUGUAUCUCGUUCAUCAAGAAGGGUCGAUGAUAUUGAAGCCGGUAAUUCUAGAAUAGGAGCUUUAGAAAUUGUGUAUUUCAAUCCCGCUCUAGUUCGUGCCAGUGAAUGCAAUAGCCGAAAUACGACAACGGAUGGGACACUGGCUCGAGGAUUUGAAAACAUAGGAAAAGAGAGCAAGCCAGUCAAGCUUCAUCUCAAAAUGACAAUAAUUGACAACGAAAUAACGAUUCUUGGGAGUGGCAAUAUGGAUCGGGCGAGUUGGAUGACUAGCCAGGAGUUAGGAGUUGCAAUCUUUUCUAGGGAGGUGUCUAAUAAAUUGGUUGAAGUUGCAAGGGCGGUUUAUGGAUGAAAGGAUGGAUGAAAGGAUGGGUGCAUGAUAGGUGUUUUGGUGUAUAUCGAAUCACCACGGAAUAGCGCAUUGAUAAAUUAGAAAGGGACAAACAUUGCACAGGCUCACUAGGAUAGGGAUAGAAAAUAGAAUGGAUAAUCA